AUGGCCUACCACCUUCAUCCAGAUGCACCAGGUGUACAUUUUCCUAUUAACAUUGCACUUGACCAUCCUCUCAUGCACAGCCUUCAAAAUCAGCUGGGCCAGGAUCCAUCCUUUAACAGACACAUGACCACUGCCAAGCCAGAGCACUGA